AUGCAAAUGCAUUAUCACUAGCUUUAGCCAACUUGAGCUGAGAGAGACCAGAGAGGGGGAAGAGACACACACAAACAGAUAGGAGAAGGGCACCGGCUGAAGCCACUUGAAGGACUGACUGACGGUUCUUAACAACGAAACUCUAGCAGCGUGAGGAACUAAAAGCCAGAUGGGGUGGCUGGACGAGAGCAGCUCUUGGCUCAGCAGAGAAUGCACAGUAUGAUCAGCUCAGUUGAUGUAAAGUCAGAGGUUCCUGUGGGCCUGGAGCCCAUCUCGCCUUUAGACCUAAGGACAGACCUCAGGAUGAUGAUGCCCGUGGUGGACCCUGUAGUGCGUGAGAAGCAACUGCAGCAGGAGUUACUCCUCAUCCAGCAACAGCAGCAAAUCCAGAAGCAGCUCUUGAUCGCAGAGUUUCAGAAACAGCAUGAGAAUUUGACACGGCAGCACCAGGCUCAGCUUCAGGAGCACAUCAAGUUGCAACAGGAACUUCUAGCCAUAAAACAGCAACAAGAACUGCUAGAAAAGGAGCAGAAACUGGAGCAGCAGAGGCAAGAACAGGAAGUAGAGAGGCAUCGCAGAGAACAGCAGCUUCCUCCUCUCAGAGGCAAAGAUAGAGGACGAGAAAGGGCAGUGGCAAGUACAGAAGUAAAGCAGAAGCUUCAAGAAUUCCUGUUGAGUAAAUCAGCAACAAAAGACACUCCAACUAAUGGAAAAAAUCAUUCCGUGAGCCGCCAUCCCAAGCUCUGGUACACGGCUGCCCACCACACGUCAUUGGAUCAAAGCUCUCCACCCCUGAGUGGAACGUCUCCAUCCUACAAAUACACAUUACCAGGAGCACAAGAUGCAAAGGAUGAUUUCCCUCUUCGAAAAACUGCCUCUGAGCCCAACUUGAAGGUGCGGUCCAGGUUAAAACAGAAAGUGGCAGAGAGGAGAAGCAGCCCCUUACUCAGGCGGAAGGAUGGAAAUGUUGUCACUUCAUUCAAGAAGCGAAUGUUUGAGGUGACAGAAUCCUCAGUCAGUAGCAGUUCUCCAGGGUCUGGCCCCAGUUCACCAAACAAUGGGCCAACUGGUAAUGUUACUGAAAAUGAGACUUCGGUUUUGCCCCCUACUCCUCAGGCUGAGAAAAUGGUUUCACAGCAACGCAUUCUAAUUCACGAAGAUUCCAUGAACCUGCUCAGUCUUUAUACCUCUCCCUCUUUGCCCAACAUUACCCUGGGACUUCCAGCAGUGCCAGCCCAGCUGAAUGCUUCAAAUUCACUCAAAGAAAAACAGAAGUGUGAGACCCAGACACUCAGGCAAGGCGUUCCCCUGCCUGGGCAGUAUGGGGGCGGCAAUCCGGCAUCUUCAAGCCAUCCCCAUGUCACUUUGGAGGGAAAGCCCAACAGCAGCCACCAAGCUCUCCUGCAGCAUUUAUUACUGAAAGAACAAAUGCGACAGCAAAAGCUUCUUGUGGCUGGUGGACUUCCCUUACAUCCUCAGUCUCCCUUGGCAACAAAAGAGAGAAUUUCACCUGGCAUUAGAGGUACCCACAAAUUACCCCGUCACAGACCCCUGAAUCGAACCCAGUCUGCACCUUUGCCUCAGAGCACAUUGGCUCAGCUGGUCAUUCAGCAGCAACACCAGCAAUUCUUAGAGAAGCAGAAGCAAUACCAGCAGCAGAUCCACAUGAACAAGCUGCUUUCGAAAUCUAUUGAACAACUGAAGCAACCGGGCAGUCACCUCGAGGAAGCGGAGGAAGAGCUUCAGGGGGACCAGGCGAUGCAGGAAGACAGAGCGCCCUCUAGUGGCAACAGCACUAGGAGUGACAGCAGUGCUUCUGUGGAUGACACAUUGGGACAAGUUGGGGCUGUGAAGGUCAAGGAGGAACCAGUGGACAGUGAUGAAGAUGCUCAGAUCCAGGAAAUGGAAUCUGGGGAGCAGGCUGCUUUUAUGCAACAGCCCUUCCUGGAGCUGCAGCAAGCACGUGCGCUCUCGGUGCGCCCAGCUCAACUGGCCGCGGAUGGCAUGGACGGAUUAGAGAAACAUAGUCUUGUCUCCAGGACUCAUUCCUCCCCUGCUGCCUGCGUUUUACCUCACCCAGCAAUGGACCGCCACCUCCUGCCUGGCUCUGCAACUGGAAUUGCCUAUGAUCCUCUGAUGCUGAAACACCAGUGCAUUUGUGGCAAUUCCACCACCCACCCUGAGCAUGCUGGACGCAUACAGAGCAUCUGGUCACGGCUGCAAGAAACUGGGUUGCUAAAUAAAUGUGAGCGAAUUCAAGGUCGAAAAGCCAGCCUGGAGGAAAUACAGCUCGUUCAUUCUGAGCAUCACUCACUGUUGUAUGGCACCAACCCCCUGGAUGGGCAGAAGCUGGACCCCAGGACACUACUAGGUGACUCUUCUCAAAAGUUUUUUUCUUCAUUACCUUGUGGUGGACUUGGGGUGGACAGUGACACCAUUUGGAAUGAGCUGCACUCGUCCGGUGCUGCACGCAUGGCUGUUGGCUGUGUCAUCGAGCUGGCUUCCAAAGUGGCCUCAGGAGAGCUGAAGAAUGGAUUUGCUGUUGUGAGGCCCCCAGGCCAUCACGCUGAAGAAUCCACAGCCAUGGGGUUCUGCUUUUUUAAUUCAGUUGCAAUUACCGCCAAAUACUUGAGAGACCAACUAAAUAUAAGCAAGAUAUUGAUUGUAGAUCUGGAUGUUCACCAUGGAAAUGGUACACAGCAGGCCUUUUAUGCUGACCCCAGCAUCCUGUAUAUUUCACUCCAUCGCUAUGAUGAAGGGAACUUUUUCCCUGGCAGUGGAGCCCCAAAUGAGGUUGGAACAGGCCUUGGAGAAGGAUACAAUAUAAAUAUUGCCUGGACAGGUGGCCUUGAUCCCCCCAUGGGAGAUACUGAGUACCUUGAAGCGUUCAGGACUAUAGUGAAGCCUGUGGCCAAAGAGUUUGAUCCAGACAUGGUCCUGGUUUCUGCUGGAUUUGAUGCAUUAGAAGGCCACGCCCCUCCUCUGGGGGGCUACAAAGUGACAGCAAAAUGCUUUGGUCAUUUGACGAAGCAACUGAUGACACUGGCUGAUGGACAUGUGGUGUUGGCUCUAGAAGGAGGACAUGAUCUUACAGCCAUCUGCGAUGCAUCAGAAGCCUGUGUAAAUGCCCUUCUAGGAAAUGAGCUGGAACCACUUGCAGAAGAUAUUCUCCAACAAACUCCGAAUAUGAAUGCCGUUAUUUCUUUACAGAAGAUCAUUGAAAUUCAAAGCAAGUACUGGAAGUCGGUAAGGACGGUGAGUGUGCCGAGGGGCUGCGCUCUGGCUGGGGCGCAGUUGCAAGAGGAGACAGAGACCGUUUCUGCCCUGGCCUCCCUGACGGUGGAUGUGGAACAGCCCUUUGCUCGAGAAGACAACAGAACUGCUGGUGAGCCUAUGGAAGAGGAGCCAGCCUUGUGAAGCGCCAAGUCCUCCCCAGCCUUCCCCACCCCCGAUAUUUCCUGUGUGUGACAUCAUUGCCUAUCCCCCCGCCACCCCAGCACCCUCAGACAUGUCUUGUCUGCUGCCUGGGUGGCACAGAUUCCAUGGAACAUAAACACUGGGCACAAAAUUCUGAACAGCAGCUUCACUUGUUCUUUGGAUGGACUUGAAAGGGCAUUAAAGAUUCCUUAAAAGUAACCGCUAUGAUUCUAAAGUUACAGUAAACCACCAUUGGAAGAAACUGCUUCCAGAGUGCUUUUAAUAUGCUGGGUGACCCACUCCCAGGCCCAGAGUAUGAACUAGAAACAUCCAGUACAGCGUUAGGUACUGUUAAUUACAGAUGGUAUGACAGCCAGCGAAAUUUUGGGCAAAACCUGAGAAAUCUCAUUCCUGACAUUCUGAUCAGUUUUUUAUUGGGAACUUUUUCGUCAAACAGUCUUAAAUUGUUUACAGGAUUUGCUUUCAGCUAUGAAGGGAUAGCAAUUCCCGACAGAUCACGGGGUUUUUUUUGUUUUGUUUUGUUUGUUUUUGGCCUUUGUUUUAACAUAUGGUUCAACUCUUGCUAGGAAGAGUCCAAGAUGGAGGAACCAGGAUGAGGCUUUUUUCAGUGGAAUAAACCACACUGUAUCUCAAAGUCCAAUGCCAAAGCAACCUCACACAUUUUAUGUAAUGGUGCAAUAUUUUAUAUCACAUUUUUUGAGAAAAAUUACCCUGUUUCCCUAACAUCCCUCUCUGUGUUCUCACACACAGGAGAUUCGCAGUUGAUUUAGGAUGAAGUCUCCUUCCUCCCUCAUACACCCCUUGCUCUGGUGACAGUAGCUCUGAGCAUAUGUUCCACGGAGGAUUUUCAGUGUCUUUGAAAAGUGCGUAACUUUUCAAAGGCCAUCUUAAUUUGUUCCAAAUCUAUCAAGAAUUUAUUCUCUCACUUUUAUUUUUCUGCUUCCCAUCACUUUCUUUCUUCUUGCCUUUCAUCCUUCCUUCCUAUAAAAGAAGACGAGGAUUACCCAUAAUCUCCCCAAUUACUCAGGAGCUUUGAGGACUCAGUUUAUUUUCUUCCUUCCCAGGUUAACACAGCUGCUUGGUCUGAUGCGUUCUUUUAGCUGUAAAACCAUUGAGGGCUUAAGCAGUGUUACCGAAUUUUCUAGAUCUUUGAAAUGUGUUAAGGAAGGCAUUGCUUAUUUGAAGUCACCUUGAAUUGAGUUAACCUUGAAGUUGUGCCUUCAUGUGAAAAAAACAACACGAACUUAACCUUUACACAUGUUGCCUUAGUGUCAAAGGCUAAAAAUAUAGGACAUUUAUUUCUGAGAUUAAAAGCAACUUACUAAAUAUAAGUAGGUUAUCCCCCUACCUCCCAAAAUUCUAUUUCAAUGUAUAACUCAGACACCUAAAGACAUUGAUGUAGAAUACCUCGCAGUAUUUAAUAUCUGACAAUGCUUUCAAAAGAGUUGAUGUUUCUUUUUAUAUAUUUUCCUAACUCAAAGGAUAUAUUAAAGCCAUAAGUGAAGAUUGUCAUGCUUUUAUUCAAAAAUCUGAAAGAAACCUUAAUUAAAACAAGGUUUUAGGGAAGGCCAUGAUAUGAAAGAUAUGGGACAAUAUGGUUUUAGUUAAAGAGGACUCCAACCUGUAAAUCAAAGAUGAAAGAUUUCACUCAAGUAGAAUUAUAUAACUCCCUUUUGUUAUACAGUCAGACCAUAUUUUUCAUGCAUUUGGUUUUUUUAGGAUUACCAUUUUAAUUUUAAAGACUUUUAUUACAUAUACAAAAAUGGCUCAAUACUUGGUUUAACAUCUUAGAAAUUUGAGACACCCUUUGAAAUAGGAAAUCUGAAAUGCAAUGUAACUCAGUAUUAGUUAAAAAUUACUUUCAUUGCAUAAGGGUAAGGUCAAUCUAGAUUCACAAUAGUAAUGAAUUUUUUCCAUGACAUUUUUAGAGAAAUUCAUGCCAAUCAUAUUUGCUAGCUCUUGCUGUUUUUGCUGUAAUUACUUGAGGAGAUUUUACUUAAAGAAACCAAAGGCUUAAAAAAAGAAGACAACCCCCACCCUUUAAAAAGGAAAGCUAUAACAUACGGUAAGUGGAAACAUAAUUGUGACUUUUUAAAAUCAACUUCAUGAUUACAAAUCUCUAUUAUUCCUCUCAGUCCUCGCAGAUAGUUUUUAGAUUUUGAAUAAGAAAAUGAAACAGUAUAAUGCAAACAUACUAAUUUACUGACGUUUCCUGCAGUCAUUUUACCACAUAUUUAGGCAUAGCCAUCAAUCUGAUAAAGCCAAAUCAGUAGGCCAUCUCCAAGGUUAUUUAGAUUUAAAAUAUGACACAUUAAUGAGUUAAUCACACAUCCUUCCAAGUGAUAUGGUACCCAAUUGGUUGCAGUUAGAGUCUUUAGGAUACAUAGAGAGGCAGAUAAACUAUGGAGAGGAUUAAUCACAGCUGAAUGUAGUUGUAAGAACAGAAUGCCAGCGCUUUUUGAUUAUAUCGUUACAAGAUGUAAUGUAGCCCUCAGGGACAGAAUGGAGGCUUUUGGAGAAUAUCAACACUUCUUUUGAAAUAGAACAGUACUUUUUAAAAGGGUAGUUUCACUUGGUAUAGUUUUCUUCACUUAUACAUUUAAUUUUUAUUGCUCACAAUAGUUCCCAGUAAGAGUCUGUUAGAAAAACUCCUCUCUAAGCAUUACCAAUAAUAUAUCUCUUUCUGAUCCAUGCUUUGAAGGAUAAUCACAUAGGCUUUCUCACAACCUCACAAUAACUCAUAUAUGAGGAAUAAAAAUAAAGGUUUUUGAGAAAUCUAUUACUAAACAAUGCCAGGACUUUAAUAAGAUUUGAUAAUAAGUCCAAAAAGAAAACGUAAGAAAAUAUUCUCAAUUAUAUAGUACAAUCUGGGGUUGUAUAUUAAAUUGAAAACCGGACAGUUUUAUUAAAUAAUAAGUAAAAUGGACCUCAAAUGGUAAUAGAGGCUAUUUAAUCAUUGCUUAGUAAAUGAGAACAUUUUGAGAUGAAAUAUUUUUAAAUAUUUUAGCAAAUUUACAACAUCAAUAGUGGAGAUAGAAGGCAGCUUUUGGAGAAAAGAGAUACUUACGAAAAACUACUGUAAGUCGCAUUUCCAUUAUCAACUGUAGGAACUGAAAUCUUGCCUUCAGUUUUGACUAUAACCCUUUGCAAAACUGUCCCACACCUCUCACUGGCAACAUGGUAGAUUUGAAAGCAGGACAUCACCUCACAGGAACAUUUCAGAAACUACGGGGCUGGUCUUGCCCAACAAUUCAGUACUGUCCUAUUUCCAAAGGUCAUUCUCAAAGCUUUGUGGAUUUACUAGGUUUCUUUACAGAUUCCAUAUGGAAGUAAAAUAAAAUGAUCAGUGGAAGUUCUCCUGGGAGAAAAUUUCUCUCCAAUCAGCACUUUUAUACUUAUUUUUUAUCCUAGCAUUUAUGUUUAAGAAUUUAUUUAAAUAUUUUUUUACUGUUUAUCUUUGGAAAGUUUACUCUCAGUUUGUCUCAGUGGAAGUAUUAAAUGCCUAAUAACCACAAAAACAAACAAGCCAAAGGUUUCUGUCUUAAAAGUGAUUCAUUCUGAGCUUGAAAUAAUCACUCUGUCAAGAGUUUGACAUUGUCACUUCUAGCAGCAUCUAUCUUAACAUUCUUUUCCUGCUUCAGGAAUGAAAUCACUUGACUUACUGAGAAAAGAGAAGGAAAAAAACGAAAAGAUGUAGGAAACAACACACCUGUUCAACCAUUCCAUAAAGAGGGCAUUUUCACCUCCAAAAGAAAUGAAAACCAGAUGAUGUAUGCUAAGAAAUGAAGGCAUUUUAUUGUUGUCUUCAAAACUGAUCAUCAGUAUGGUCAUGAUCAUCAUCAAAUAUGUCUUGUGUUCACAAAGGACACAAGUAUAUUUUGGUCUCCAGCAGUAUUUUGUACUAUUCACUGCCUUUUGAAUGAAGUAUCGUAAGUAUUACAUCAUCUUCAUCAACACCCUCACUAAAAUAUGUAAGUGCCUAUGUGUGGCUUCUUUCCUGGUCAUAUUUACAUUGAAAAUCAUAGCCCUUGCCUCCUACCAACUUGCUUUUACUCCAUCAGUGCUUCAUGAAGCACGGCAUGAUUGUCAUGUGACCAGAGUAUAAAUUUUUUAGAUGAACAUGGUAUACUCACACAGGGCUGUAGAACUUGAUUUCUCCAAAUCAACUGCAGUCUGUUGUUUUUUCUAUGAUACACCUGGCAGGUUUUAUGUAAUAGUUUAUGCAACACCUGAGUCAGUUAUUAAUAUCCUGCAAAUAGUUGGGUCAGACAGUUGAACCUUAGACUCUUGAUCUGGGGCUGCUUCGACUUGACCUCAAUGAUAGGGUAAUAGGGUUGUAACAGGGUUGAAACAAUUUCUCAAAGCAUCUUAAUUCUCAAACUGGAACACUUAGUAAAUAUGUGGUGAAUUCACCGUACAGUGCCAAUCUUUCUAACCAAUAAUUUCCUUUCCACCCCUCUCUCCUUCCCUUAUCCAACUGCCAAUGCAAAAUUGCCAUAUCUAAACUAUCAGAAUACUUUCUUAAAUCUCUACUUUAUGUUUCCUAAGUUGAAGCAACCUUGGCAACUUAUUUUGAGACAUCACUAGGUAUGCUUUCUUUGUGCCAUUUCAUAUAAACACUGUAGUAGAUACCUUUUAUCUUCUUUUUUAUCUCUUUCUUUCAAGAACCACUUGACUUUUUGCUAUUCUUAUCUUAAAAGAUAAAUCAGGUUAAUGUGUUUUGGUCUACAGUCUUGGACCUGGCAUUUGUUUCAUUAAUACAGAAUUUUUUUUUUUUUUUGUCUCAAAUAUAGUUUUCCACCGUUCUUGGUACUACCUAAUUGUCUUGUGCUAGUUAUCACAUAGAAGAUUGUAUACAGACUUUUCUUGCCCUCUGGAUGAUGUUUUAUGAGUCUAACCCACAAGCAUAAAUUCCAACCAUAAGAAAAAAAUGACAAAAGAGAAAUUUUUAAAUCAAUAUAAUUUGGAAGCAAGAUAUUUCCAGACUAUUCAAAGAAAAUUGAAGUGCUUUUAUUUUUCUGUUUGGGCCUUAGGUACAUUAGAGCCAAAUGUUGCAACAUCAAAUAAAACAAGGAGGGUCAAAUGUGUUGUGGGACAUUGUGGCCAUGCCCUUUAGGCUUCAUUGUGGUGCCUUUUCUUGGAGUUGGCAUUUUAUGACAUUUGAUAGAGAUCUUGCAACAAUAUCUGGCUAUUGCUUUUACUAACUUAAAACUGAGUAGAAAUGGAACAAUUUUUUAAAACAUAAGAAUUAAGAAUUCUAAAAUCUGAGGAGGAAUGGCACCUCCUUACGUAUGCAAAGAUUGCUUUUAGAUAAAAAAUCUGCAUAUGCUCUUUCUAAAUUGUAAGAUUCUUAAACUCUUUCUGGGUAAGCAGAGCUGGGUUCUAUGAAACUGUCCUUUCAGUGGUGAUUGGGUAUAACAGGCAUGUUGUUAAAAGUGAGUGAUCAUUUUGUAGAUUAUAGCCUUGGCAGUUUGUGUCAUUUGAAAGCAAAUAUACUGAUAUUUUUAAGUAAGGUGGGCAGAGCAGGCAGAAAACCAAUAUUUAUCACUCUUGUGAUUAAACACUCUAGACCAGGCUUGUUGAUGUGUAUGCCAAUAAUCUGGAGUUUCUGGCUUAGUAUAAAAUUAAAAUGUUUUUUAUAUUGUGGUCUGAUAUCUGUUUCUGUAAUAAGAUCAGUUUGUUGUCCUCUGUGCACCAGUGGUUUUGCCCUUAAUUUUUUUGGCUAGCAUUUACCAAAAUCUUUCAUCCAGAGCUGCUGAGAAAAAUACGUGUUGCCAAACUUCUUUUCUUAAAAUUGUGCUGCCAGUGAUGUUUUCCCAGAUGUGAAAGAUAAUUAUCUAAUAAAGGAUUAAUACCUAAUAACAAUACCAUUGUUGAACAUGCUCACGGACUGUUCACCUUCUAUCUGAUUCCUUUUUAUGUAUUUGAAAAUAUUGAAUGGAAAAUUCAAUGGCGUGUUCCAAAUUAUUGUUGAUGUUGUUAAUGUCAUGAUUCUCCUUAAGAGUGUGAAAGAUCUCCUU